CUGAUGUGUUUGGAGUAGGUGCCAGAGGUAGAGGCGGAGGAAAAAGGAAUGAAGUCAGAGUUGGUGGCGAGGAAGAGAAACAGGGCGAUGACAGCGACACACAUUGCACAAACAGCUGCGGAAGAAGACAGACUGCCCAAAACGUGAAGAAGCCUAGCAGAAUUACAAAUUAUGUUUAAGGGUGGAGAGGGGAAAUUUGGAAACUAAAAAUCAUAGGGGUAAAUGUAGAAUUACAAAAAAAGAAAACAGAGGGUUCAAUUUGAAAUUACUAAAAUCCGUGGCCUAAAUAAAGAUAGUAAAAGCAGAAACAAUAACCUCGAACAAGCUUGAUUCUACCCUCACUCUGUUGGUGGUUGCAAGAAUGUUGUCAUUCCUCUCAUUCUCACGAAUCAUGUUAAGCCCCAAUCACUUGAUGAAGCUGUUGAUUCCUUCACUCGCAUGCUCUCUAUGCGUCGCCCUCCAUCCAUCAUUCAAUUCACCAAGAUUUUGGGAUCUCUUGCCAAGACCAACCAUUUCCCCACCGCCAUUUCCCUUUUCCAGCAAUUGCAACCCAGGGGAAUCGCUCCCAACUUAUUUACUUUGAAUAUCUUAAUCAAUUGUUGCUGCGGAAUGGGCUGGAUCACUCUUGCUUUCUCUGCUUUGGCAAAGAUUUUCAGGAUGGGUUUUCAGCCUGAUACCGUUACGUUGAAUACACUCAUCAAAGGUCUCUGUCUCAGUGGUAAGAUUGAAAAAGCACUGCACUUUCAUGAUAGAGUGUUGGCUCAUGGAUUUCACUUCGACCAAGUCACUUAUGGGACAUUGAUCAAUGGGCUCUGUAAGACCGGACACACAUCAGCUGCUAUUCAAGUGUUGAGAAAGAUCCCACGGUAUGGCAUUGCUCCUGAUGUCUUCAUGUACAGCGCAAUUAUUGAUAGCCUCUGCAAGGAUACACUUGUAAGUCAGGCUUUUCAUUUAUUUUCUGAGAUGCUUGCUAAGGGAAUUUCUCCCGAUGUUACCACAUACAGUCCCCUCAUUUUUGGAUUGUGUCUUGUGGGUCAAUAUAAGGAAGCCGUUGAUUUGUUAAGUGAUAUGGUUCUUAGAAACAUUACUCCUGAUGUUAGUACCUAUAGUAUUUUGAUCGAUGGGUUAUGCAAGGAAGGAAAGAUCAAAGAUGCUAAGAAUGUGUUGGCUGUGAUGACAAAACAUGGUGUUAAACCAAAUGUGGUUACUUAUAACAGCUUAAUGGGCGGAUAUUGUUUGGUUAAUCAGGUAAAUAAGGCAAAAUAUGUAUUCAACACAAUGGCCGAGAGUAGAGCGUUUCCUAAUGUACGGAGUUACAAUAUCAUGAUUAAUGGCUUUUGUAAGAGUGAAAUGAUCGAUGACGCCUUGAAUCUCUUCGAAGAGAUGCGUCGCAAGAACUUGGUUCCUGACACGGUAACUUACAAUACUCUAGUUGAUGGCUUAGGAAAAUCAAGGAGAAUUCUUUGUGCCUUGGAGCUUCUUGAAAAGAUGCAUGAUCGAGGUCAACCUGCUGAUAUAGUCACUUACAGUUCUUUGCUGGAUGCUUUGUUCAAUAUCAAACAACAUGACAAGGCACUUAUGUUAUUCAAAAAGAGGUGA